UCAUUCACAUACAGUGCAUGCUCUCUCGACUUCAAAAGGACGAACUCACCUGACGGACGGGGAAGCCAAUAUCGAUCCAUCCAAUCACUGUGUUUAUUUCAUAAAGAAAGAACCAGAUUAAAACUGACAAAGAGAGUUGGUGGACAACUCCAACUACAAAUGCUGAAGCUGAGGUGCCAACUUGCCAUGAGGCUUAAACUGUAAGUUAUAACUUGGGUUGCGGUCGUCCCACUAUAUUUGUGAUUGACUCGUCUAUUAUGGAAGAAAUUCACAAAUGCUGAUGGUGGGAACUUUGCCUGUCUCCAUUGGCAAGUCGCACUCGAUUGACUGCAAUGAUGGAAGAAUCCUACUGUAGACAUUCUCAUGAGAUGUUCAUGCCAUUUAAUUGAUGACGAAUGAAUGUGACCUCUUCUUUUGAUAUUCAUAAAGAUCAGACCCUACCUACAGCUAGAUAGCAUGUCUUGGAAGCUUCGCUUCUCCUCAGUUACGUUAUAAAAAUCCAUUAAUUUCCUCUACAUAUAUCAGAGAAGAAGCUCUCUUUGAAGAUACUGAACUUUACCUGCGCCUGGAGGAUAACAACGCAGAGAUAAAUAGCUUCUGCUUCUCAACAGCAAGCGGAGAGGAAUAGAUCCUAUGGCUCCUUCAUCAUCAUCUGGCUGCUUUCCAUUUGUCUUUGGUAUUCUCUGUUUUAUGUUUAUAUCGUCACUGCUGUUGGCGAACUCUGCCACUGUAAAAGGAACGCGAGUAGGAAAAAUUGAGCUUACGGACUUGGCUACGACUAGAAGGAAUCUCCUGGAUAACGGCCUUGGUUUAACUCCCCAAAUGGGGUGGAAUAGUUGGAACCACUUCCAUUGCCAUAUUAAUGAGACCUUGAUCAAGGAAACCGCUGAUGCAAUGGUAUCGACUGGUCUGGCCGCUGUUGGAUACACCUAUAUCAAUUUAGAUGAUUGUUGGGGAGAACUAAACAGAGAUUCUCAGGGGAAUUUGGUUCCUAAAGCUUCAACAUUUCCUUCAGGCAUCAAGGCUCUUGCAGAUUAUGUUCAUAGCAAAGGGCUUAAGCUUGGAAUUUACUCAGAUGCAGGGACUCAAACUUGCAGCAAGACCAUGCCUGGGUCCCUAGGACAUGAAGAACAAGAUGCAAAAACCUUUGCCUCAUGGGGAGUUGAUUACUUGAAAUAUGACAACUGUGGAAAUACUGGCGUAAGCCCAAAGAAAAGGUACCCGAAGAUGAGCAAAGCUUUACUCGACUCAGGGAGGCCCAUAUUCUUCUCUUUAUGUGAAUGGGGACAAGAAGAUCCAGCAACUUGGGCACCAAAUAUAGGAAACAGCUGGAGAACAACUGGAGAUAUUGAAGAUAAAUGGGAGAGCAUGACAUCCAUUGCAGAUCAAAACGACAAUUGGGCUUCCUAUGCGCAACCUGGAGCUUGGAAUGAUCCUGAUAUGCUUGAAGUAGGAAACGGUGGCAUGACAACAGAAGAAUAUCGCUGCCAUUUCAGCAUAUGGGCAUUGGCAAAAGCUCCUUUGCUAAUUGGCUGCGAUGUUCGCUCUAUGGACAAUGUGACAUUUGAAUUGCUAAGCAACAAGGAGGUUAUUGCAGUCAAUCAAGAUAAACUUGGAGUCCAGGGUAAAAAAGUGAAGAAAGAUGGAGACCUUGAGGUGUGGGCUGGCCCCUUGACUAACCGUAAGGUAGCUGUGGUCUUAUGGAACAGAGGAUCUUCCCAAGCGAACAUCACUGCUUAUUGGUCUGACAUCGGCCUUAAGCCAUCAACUAUUGUUGAUGCUCGAGACUUGUGGGCGCAUUCAACAGAGAGGUCGGCUCAAAAGCAAAUUUCAGCUGAGGUGGAUUCUCAUGCUUGUAAAAUGUUUACUCUGAAACCCCAUAAAAGAGUUCACCAUUGAACAAAAGUGACAUUUUGAUGGAGAAUGGAAUGAGAGCAGCAGCAGGAAUGUAGAGACUACGCAUGUGUUUAUGUAUUGUGAAUUUCUUCAUCAAGAAAGGAUUGAAUUUGCUUCAAGAAAAGGACACAAACUUGCACCAGAAAAAUCUAAUUGAAUGAUGCAAUUUCAUAGGAAAAAAAA